AUGUUCCGGCAAGUGCCACGGACCCUUGUGCGGACGCGGGCGGUCCCGCGAUUCCCCGAACCGCCGCCCCCAUCCUCAUCAUCCUCCUCCUCCUCAUCCUCAUCCUCAUCCUCCGCCGGCCUGCGCUCUGCAACCAUCGCCGGCCUAUUCGCCAUCGCCGGGACAGCAGCCCUGUGGUGGAGCCAGACGCCGCGGCGCAUCAAAGUCGCCGAGGCGCCGCGCAUCCCCGACGCCGCGUCCGAGCGCGACAUUAUCGUCGAAUCCCCCGUCAAGGUCCUGGGCCUGGAGGCUGCCGACCGCAAGCUCCGAGAGCAGGCGCAGAGCUUUACCUUCCGCAGCGGGCGCGGCCGAAGGGGGAGGGUCGAUGUUGUGCGCGUGGCCAGCAACCUACCCGUUGAGGAUGAGUGGGCGCUUGCGUGUGGAAAGGGCCUGGGAGGAGGGACGACGCUGUUUGCGGGCGUCUACGAUGGACAUGCCGGAUGGGCCACGUCAAGAGUCCUCAAGGACUCCCUGAUCCGCUACGUUUCCCACGCCUUGGCUCGCCUCUCCCCGGCCAGUGACGGCGCUACCGUCGACCAGGCCAUCAAGGACGCCUUUGUCCGUCUCGACGCCCGCAUCAUGGACGACGCCUGGGACGCUGCCAACAUGGCGAGGGACGACGGCGCCGCCCAAGGCCUGCGCGCCCUGGCCCCCGCCAUAGCCGGCUCCUGCGCGCUGCUGGCCAUCUACGACCGGUCUUCGUCGACGCUGCGCACCGCUCUCACGGGCGACUCGCGUGCCGUGCUGGGCUCCUGGUCGCCCAAGGCGGGGGCCUAUUCUGCCGAGGCCCUCAGCAAGGACCAGACGGGCUUCAACGAGGACGAGGUCCUGCGGCUCGAGGCCGAGCACCCAGGCGAGACGCGCGACAUCAUCGACUCCAAGACGGGCAGGCUGCUCGGCAUGGCGGUGACGCGGGCCUUUGGCGACCACCGGUGGAAGUGGCCCGGCGAGGCCAUCGCGUCUGCCCAGGCGCGCUUCUUUGGCUACCCGUCCCGCGGCUCGGCCUACAAGACGCCGCCUUACAUGACGGCCCGGCCCGAGGUGACGACGCGCCAGGUGGACUCGGAAGACUUUGUCAUUCUCGCCUCCGACGGGCUGUGGGACGUCAUGUCCAACCAAGACGCCGUCGCCUGCGUCGAGCGGUGGCUGGCAGCCAAGCGAGCAAGACGGCCCGAGGCAGUGGCCGCGCUGGCGGCAGCGCCCUCGACCUUUACUGUCGGCGCCGACGGAUAUGCUGGAUGGAAGGCCACGCCCGAGCACUUUGCCAUUGAGGACCUCGACAGCGCCGCCGUGUGCCUGGUCAAAAACGCGCUGGGCGGGCGGCGUAGGGCGCUCUUCUGCGGCGCCAUGACGGCCUACGCGCCCUUGAGCCGCUACGCGAGAGACGACAUGACGGUGCAGGUCGUCUUCUUCCGGGACCCGUAUAUGCCGAACAUGGCUCCCGACAGGAUAUGA